AUGGCCGAGCAAGCAUAUCCUAACAAUACGAUGUUCCAAGCACCCCAAUAUACCUUUAGCGCAACUCCGGAAGAUUGUACUAUUUAUGAUGCGCAGCGAUUUCCACUUCCUCAGCCAUCACAAUACCCAUUUACUGAAAAUGUUAUUGUUUUGAAACCAGUGUCCAAUGUUGACAUUCAAUUAAAUCAAUUAAAUCGAUUAAAUCAAUCAGAAUCCCUCUCUGUACCAAGACCCAAAAGUGACAUUGCAGAAGGGAAUUAUAUAAUUGAUCAAAACAUUGCUUUAUUGGCACUCGAAACAAACAAUAAUGUAAGCGAAGAAUAUGUAAAUACAGCGUUUGCGAUUCCUAAUGCUAUGACGGGUGGUGGUGCUAUUUCAAAUGCUGCUGCUGUCGCAGAUUCUAUGAUCCAUCAUCAAUCCGUUUCGGUCUCGACAUAUUCCUCGAGCCCAACCUUGACUGAAAAAUCGCUCGCCUCUAAACCUUCGACGUCCAGCAGUCCCGAACCGUUGUCACCACUGACUUUUAUUAAAUUCGAGGAGCCGGAAUUUAUGGAUAAAAACGAGCCGGAGCUUGAAGACGAAAGUUUGAGUUGGGUUAACCCGAAACAGUAUAGGAGAAUACUAAAGAGGAGAAUUGCCAGGGCAAAGUUUGACGCCAAGUAUGGAAUUUCCCGAGAGAGAAAGUCAUACAUACACAAAUCUCGGCAUUUACAUGCUCUUCGUCGUCCACGCGGUCCUGACGGUCGGUUUCUCACCAAGGCUGAAAUAGAAAUGUCGCUGUCGAAUUUCAUGACUCCAUUUGCCACCCUGCCUCCGACACUUUUCGCCCCGUACAUGUACUCACCUGAACAAUGUUUCUCUGAACAAGCGUUUCGAAAUACAAUGUUUGGUAAUAGUAUGAUACCAUAUAAUCCAGAGUAUUUCCAAACAAACGAGGGAAGGUGUAAUAUUAUGCCACAGCCGGGAUGUGGAAUAGAGGGUGACGUUGGUAGUGGAUUAGUGGGGUGGAUGUGUUGA